CUCGGGGUGCUGGCAGCAGUGCGCGGUGUCAACAAGGCAGCAUGGUGAAGGUGGUGGAGCAGGUCACCCCGCCGCGGCGCAAAAGGUUUAACAAGAACAAGAAGAAGGCAUGGCGGAAGAAGGCCAACAUAUCGGAGGUGGAGGAGCGCCUGGAGGACGAGAGGCGGGAAGAGAGAUACGGGGGACCACUGGAGGAGAGGAAGGACUCGGAGAUGAUGUUUGUGGACCUUGGUGAUGGCGAGGGUGAAGCAAACAAGACAGAGACAGGAGAUGAAGAGUUGACCCUCGAGUACACGGUGGAUAAGAUUCCAGCGGACAGCGGAAAGGUGCAGCUGAAGCCAAGGAAGGUGAAGGUGAAAACAGCCAAACUUAAGAGUCAUGAGUUUAUCAACGGCCUGCCGGGAGCUAAACCACCACGCAAACCCAAGAAAGGCCAAGUAACGCUGACCAUGUCCAUGAAGAAGAAGAAGGAGCGGCAAUCACAAGACCCGAGGUUAAUAAAGAAGCGUGUGGAGGCCAUGAGUCAGAUAGUUCAAGAUUACCAGAAGUCCGUCAAGAAGCCAAAGACGGUGAUCAAGGGGAACUACAACACCGACUUAUGGGAGGAAGGAGCGGACGAGGUGACAAAGGAGUGCAAGAAGAAGGGCCUGGAGGAGUCGUUCAUCACCGCCAUCUCUGACUACUACCGGCGGGAGAGGCGCAUGAAGCCCAUCAAGGUGCCCAAGGUGAGGCACGUCCCCACCUCCAAGCUGGACGCCGUCACCGUCCCUCACCCAGGGGCGUCUUACAACCCUUCGUACGAGAGCCACCAGAAGCUGCUACUCAGGGCCGUCAAGCAGGAGGAGAAGCGGCUGAGGAAGGAAGAGAAGGUUGUGAGGGCCACCACCAAGAUGUUCCCCACCAUCGACAAGGCACCCACACAGGCGUCUUGGCUCGCUGAGAUGUCUGAAGGACUGCCAAAUGCUGAUGAUGAUGAUGAGGAGGAGGAGGAGGAGGACGAGGAGGUGAAGGAGGAGGAGAAAAAGGAGAAAGAAGAAGAAACAGAAGAAACUAAGGAAGAAGAAAAAGCAGAGGAAGCAGAGGACAUAGAGGAAGCAACUGACGACUCAGAAAAUGAGAAUGAGGAGAAUUCAUCACAAGAAGACAACACAGAACAAGGUGAAGAGAAAACAGAAACAAAAAAGAAGACUAAGCAAGCUCCCAGCGAUAAAGUCACAGUCUCCAGCAAGCCCCAGAGUGAACGCAAGACUAAAAAGGUCCGGAGAAAGGAGAUGAGACUGAAACUGCAACAGAUUAAGAAGCAGAAGGAGAAGGAGGAGAGGAUUCGCAACAGCAACAUUUACAAACUUAAGACCUACCAGAAGGAGAUAGUACAGGAGGACCAGGAGGCCGAGCAGCGCACAGCCAGCCGUCGGGCACGCAAGGAGCACCUCAAGUCGAUGCCGCGGCGACUGGCCAACAUGAAGUUUGAGGAGGAGGACCUGGCUGUGAAUCUUGGCGACGAGCUCCCUGACAGCCUGCGCACGGUGGCCCCGGUGGUGGAGUUGCUGGAGGAACGCUUCAAGAACUUACAGCGAAGAAACAUACUCGAGCCAAGACAGAAGCACAAGCUGAAGAGGAAGUACAAGCCCAAGGUGGUGCUGAAGCGAGGACACAGGGAAGAGCUGGCCAGGAUCGAGAAAAUGGACUUCACCGACUGACCUUCGUGUGGGUGACUGAACUAACUGCCGUGUCUCAUGUCUGAACCCACAUCCUCUAAUAAAUUGUAUGUUUCUGUUA